UCUCUUUUAGUGUGGCACGACAACGCUACAGACUCGAAACGGUGCAUCGUGCUCUUACAUAUCAUAAUACAUGCGAUAUUUCCGGGACAGCGGUGCAGUUUGAACCUCAGCGUUAUUCCAAGGCCACCCACCCCCCCUUUUUGUUUAGCUCGAUGGUAGGUGCCGAUGUCGCUAUGGCAGCUCACGCGAGCGAACUGGAGCUGGCGAAGAAGAACUUAACGGACGCCAUCGGGGACAAUAUAAAGCAUUACUGGGCGAAUUUGAAGCUGUGGUUCAAACAGAAAAUCAGUAAAGAGGAGUUUGAUGUUGAGGCGCGCCGCCUUCUGGGACACGACAAUGGAUUCAGCACCCAGUAGUUCAGUAGUCAGGGCGCUGAUCAUGGAGGCGGCCAUUUUGAGAGCUGUAUCAAUCGCAAAAUCCCACGAUGCACCGCAGAAACCAGGGAACGUCGACGCUCACUACGUUCCCUUACAGGAAAUGACGUCGUGUUUUCUGACGACUCUUGGCUCGCGGGAAAAAAAUGCUGGACGAGCUCUCAGCCGACGUCGUGUACAAAUUUCACAUCCACAAUGACUUCCUGCUGGCCAUUCUCACACGCUGCCAGAUUAUCGUAUCCACACCAGCAGAGGGUCCCGGUUCGCUGCAGUGGUCCAGUGGUUCUGCCUCGAAGCCCACCAAGCCAAAAGGCAAAAAGAAGUUUUCCUCCGUGCGCCAGAAAUUCGACCAUCGCUUCCAGCCCCAGAACCCGCUGAGUGGAGCUCAGACGUUCAGCCCUCGCGAGGCCGGAACGGAGGAGGAGGAGAUGAUGAAGCUCAGCGCUCACACGCUCUUACUGCCCACGCGGGGGCAGCUGGAGGCCCGCAUGAUGGUGACCGCCUUCGAGAUGGGCCUUGACAACGUCACCGAGGACGCCGUGAGCACUGUCGUGUACGCUCUCGAGGUGCAUUUAAAAGACCUCAUCACCGCAGUGGUGUCUCGGAGACGAGCCUACCGUCUGAGAGAGGGACGUUUCCAGUACGCCUUCGGCAGUGACGUCGCACCGCAGCCGUACCUGAAGAACAGCCUGGCUGCGUACCACACCGUCACCGAAUACCCCCCUCCCAGUGCCUCGCUGCCGGGUGCUCCGCCCCCUCAGGUGUCUCCAGACGAUGCAGAACAGCAAGCUGCUUUCCUAUUGGCCUGCUCUGGUUCCAGUGCCCCCGCCCCCCUGCCUCCCAUCAGCAUGUACGAUCUACUGGAGGCUCUACAGGUGCACCGCAGCGCGAUGCCGUCUCACACCGUCUACGCUCUGAACAUGGAGCGCAUCCUCGCCCGGCUCUGGCACCCGAGUCACGAGGAGCUGGAGCAGGACAACAUCCACAGGCAGCGGCUGGCCGCCAAGGAGGGCCUGUCACUCUGCUGAGACACGAGGGGGCACACCUGGACCGUGUAUGAUCGUCAUUAUGGACAGUGUGGACUUCCGGAUCCUUUUGUUAGAAUAAUACAGUUUAUUUAAAUGGUUUGUAGGUAUAUCAGUCUGAAUCGGUCCGUCUGGGUUUGCACGUAACGGCAUAAUUACGUACAUGGACACUGAUUCAUUUUAUUAUUAUUAUUAUUAUAACGAGUUAGAUCUCACAGUAAGCCUUCCGUGCUCAGAAUUGUUACUCAUGGUCCAGUUAUGGUUUUACAUAGCUAGCGUCCAUGCUAACGUUCUGGACAGUUUAUAAUAUCUGUAUCACUUUUGUAAAUAUGUUUAUGAAGUAACGUUCCUACACACAUACCUUUUUUUUUUUUCCACUGUAAAGGUUUGUAAAUACAGGAAAUAAAGCCCGUCUGGUGCUCA